AUGUUUUAAAUCAGCUUGCUGGAGUACUCUCUAAUGAUGGCGGAGAAGUCACAUGAUGCUGACAACCCUCAAGGAGGCCAGGAAAGGAGCAGGAGAGAGAUCCUGAGGUCCACCAAGGCGGCAUGGACCCGCCUGGAUGAGCAGCUGCCUCCUGGCUCAGAAGAGGACAGCCAGGGUCUCACCAACCUCACUCUGGUUUCUUUGCAUGAACAAGGAAUGGUUCAGAUGACUGUGGAAGUCUACAUGAGAUCUCUGCAUCAGCUUUCAGAAACGCCUACCCUAUCCAGAGGGACCAAUUUCAACUCUUGCCUUUCUGCUGCAAGUAUACCACAAAGCAUUCCUGAAUGGCUGGAAUUUAGGAAAAUAGAUCCUGUGGAGAUUCUCUUGGAUCUGGGGUUUGGUGCUGAUGAGCCAGACAUCUGCACACAAAUCCCGACCAGGUUCUUUGGUUAUAGCUCUGCAGCCAAAGGAAUCAACAUCCGCGUGUUUCUUGAAGCUCAAAAGCAGCGGAUGGACUUUGAGAAUCUUAGCCUGUAUGGAUGUUUUCGACAGCUGGAAAUCCUGGACCGUGUGACCAAUGCCUUCUCAUCUUUGCUGAAUGAUGUUAACAUCCUACAGAACAAAGCAAAAGAGAAAAAUGGAGGAAAGAGUGCAGAAAAAGUCCCAUGGAGUGGGGCCAAAGAGCAUCAGAGAAGAACGGGUGAACUUUUAAGAAGAGCUUCCAAACAGAGCAUAAGGAGGGAUUGUAAGCCAGAAAAGCUGGAGUCAUUAAAGCUGAAGGAUGAAUUUUUCAUCCAGUCUGUAAAGACAGAGGAGUGUGAAGCAGAGUUACCAGAGACGGCAAACAACCAUGACCAAAAUCAUUCACCUCCUUUGACAGAGCACCAAUCUCUCCAAGCUUGUGGUGACUCACUACCUUGCCAGCCUCCCCAAGCUCUUCUGCAAAAGAGGAGACCUCUCUCAUCCAGGCUGGCCCGGAACACUCUACUUUCCAGCGUGUCUGAUGGGCCAAUCAAGGCCGAAACUCAAAAGGAGAACUCAGUUCAGAGUAACAAAUUCGAAAACUUGUCUCAUCUUUCAGGUGCAGCCCUGGACUCAUUUGAAAUGGAAGAGGUCCAGAGCUUUGAAGAAGACACAGACCAUUCUCUUGACGUGACUUUGGGAGCCACAGGUGCUGGGAUGAACAGAGCAAACAGCUGUCAGUCUGACAGCAGUGGGUUCCUGGAGGAGCCACCAGAACCACUGCCCCUCCAGAUGUCUUCUUUGCCAAGCAGUCAAAGUCCUAGUGAGAAUGGAUGUGGAAAGCCCAGGGAUCAGAAUCACAGCUUAGCAUCAUCCCAGGACAGUCAGCAAGAGUCAGAUGAGUCUGAUUCCAAGAGCAUGGUGAGCUCAUCUUUUUCAAGCCAAGAUUGGAGUGUCUUGGAAGAAAAGACCUCAAUAUCUAUGGAGGAGGAAGAGACUCAGCUUGAUGCCAUGGAGGGCCCACCAGAGGUGUUCAUCCCAGAUAUGGCCCCGGACAAGACUGCCACUGGGGGAGAACACCCAGGAAAGGACACCCGUCUGUGGCAGCUCCUACCAGUGCCCAACUCUGAAUGUAACGUUGUCAAAAGUACAGCCACUUCCAAGUAUGAUUGCCCUCUGGGGUUUAUGGUGUCCCACAUCACAGAAGUGAAAGACGGGUUUCUAAAACCAGAGGAAGCUGUGAAAGUGUAUGCGAAAACCCACCACUGUGAGUCUCCAAGGUCACCUGAAAAUGAACAUGCUCAAGACAAGUUCCUUCAUGUUGACUCUGAGGCCACAAGAGGAGAAGAAAGCAGCAAACUCUGUUCUGAUGUCAACAACACCGUAAUGACACUAGAAAGUCCACCACAGCUUUUCGCCAAGCACAGUGAUAUCAUACCCUAUACAGACAAUCUUAUUCAAACAUGUGAAGAGUCUAUUCCCCACCUAGGUGAACUAGCUGGAGAUACGCCCCAAGCAAAGCCGAGGUGUAGUGCUUUGGGUCAAAUAUCAUCUAGGGCAGAAACUGUGAUGGGAAACAUUUCUCCAAAUGCUGACUCAAACACUGGCAGCUCCAGGUCUGUGACAAUCCAUAUGUCCUCCAGUUUGGUGUCAGCUGCUCAGAGUGCUGUGGCCUUGGGGACAGAUUCUAAAGGAUCAUCUUUAGAAUGCACUAUGUGUGACCCUAUUACCACAAUAGGACCAGAGCUGGGGACAGAAGUGAGACAGUCCAGAGAUGCUUCCGUUCAGACUUAUAUUUGUGAACCCAGGACCUGGCACUGUCUUUCGGCCUCAAGUAACAAGGCCUUGGCACAUGGACACCAGCCCCUCACCAAAUCUGUCUCUCUAGACACAGGCUUCCCUAGUACUUACUCAGCGGACACCUGCCAUGGCUCACCUGUCCACUAUUGUGUCUGCUGUCAUCAUCAUUCCCACUGCCAUGCAGAGGGGCCAGGCCCUGGUCCUGCACCCUUAGCCUGUAGACACUGCCUGGGCUCACAUAACCAUCAUCCAGAAGCUGAGUUCAUGAAGACUUUGAAAGUCCUCCAGGACACUACAGUGAGAGAGCUAUGUUCCUGCACUGUCCAUGAGAUGGAAACCAUGAAGACGGUGUGCCAGAGUUUCCGGGAGCAUUUAGAAGAAGUUGAACAGCACCUUAUGGGACAACAGGCACUCUUUUCCAGGGACAUGUCAGAGGAGGAAAGGGAGGAAGCCAGGCAACUGCAGACACUACGGGAGGCCCUGCGGCAGCAGGUGGAGGAGCUGAAGUUUCAGUUGGGAAACCGUGCUUGGCAAAUCCGAGAGGGGAUUCUGUCGCAGCUCGAGCUGCUCACAGGAGAACCAUCCGAACUCCAUACAAACCUGCAUCAGUGUAACUGGACAGAAGGAAUAGAUGGUCAGAUGUCAUGUGUAAAAGCACCAAUCCACCCAGCCAUGGCCCCCAGGACUGCCUUUCCUCCCAGUGGUGGGCAGCAGGCUCCCAGCUCAGGGGUGGCUCAUGUGGCUGCCUUCACUCCUCCUGCCCAAGAGAGCAGCACCAGAAUGCCUCCUCCAGCCCCAGCUCCAGCAGAGUCGGGUCCUGUGGUGAAAAGGAUACUAACGUCUUCCUCUAGAUCAGAGCAGAUUUGA